AUGGCUUCACGACCAGAGUUAAAGCUCGACGACGAGGGCGGUUUCAUUCGCUUCUUCAAGUCUUUACCAGACGUCAACCAAGACACAAUCCGUAUCUUUGAUCGAGGUGAUUGGUACACUUCCCAUGGCCAAGAUGCCAACUAUAUCGCAAAGACUGUCUACAAGACAACUUCUGUUGUCCGACAGCUCGGCCGAAAUGACCACACCGGACUGCCUUCCGUCACCAUGACCAUGACCGUAUUCCGACAAUUCCUUCGAGAAGCCCUACUCAAGCUCGGCAAGCGAAUCGAGAUUUGGCAGAGUUCUUCCGGUCGCAUGAACUGGAAGUGCAUCAAGCAAGCGUCACCAGGCAACCUCCAAGACGUGGAGGACGACUUGGGAGGUCAGAUCGAGUCUGCACCCAUGAUUCUCGCAGUCAAGAUCUCAGCGAAGGCUUCUGAAGCUCGAAAUGUCGGUGUCUGCUUUGCAGAUGCCAGCGUGCGAGAGUUGGGCGUCAGCGAGUUCCUCGACAACGACUUGUAUUCCAACUUUGAGGCACUCCUUAUCCAGCUCGGCGUACGUGAGUGCUUGAUACAAGUUGACAAGGGCGACAAGAAGGACGAAAAGGAGAAGGAUCCUGAGUUGGCUAAGAUAAAGAAGAUCAUCGACAACUGCGGCGUCGCCAUUGCAGAGAGACCAGCUGGCGACUUUGGCAUUCGAGAUAUUGAACAGGACUUGGCACGCCUACUCAAGGACGAACGAUCAGCAUCUCUUCUCCCACAGACAGAUCUUAAGCUGGCCAUGGGAUCCGCAGCAUCUCUCAUCAAGUACCUCGGGGUUCUACAAGACCCUUCCAACUUUGGCCAAUACCAACUGUACCAGCAUGACCUAGCCCAUUUCAUGAAGUUGGAUGCUGCUGCUCUCAAAGCUCUCAACCUCAUGCCAGGGCCCCGCGAUGGGUCCAAGACGAUGAGCAUCUUUGGCGUUCUCAACCACUGCAAGACACCAGUGGGCAGUCGACUUUUGGCACAAUGGCUGAAACAGCCUUUGAUGAGCAAGAACGAGAUUGAAAAACGCCAGCAGUUGGUGGAAGCGUUCUAUGUCGACACCGAACUUCGCCAAACAUUACAGGAGGAACACCUGCGAUCCAUCCCCGAUCUUUACAGACUCUCAAAGAGGUUCCAACGAGGCAAGGCUAACCUGGAGGAUGUUGUCCGCGCAUACCAAGUUGUUAUUCGCUUACCUGGCUUCAUUGGUACUUUUGAGGGUAUCAUGGAUGAAAACUACAAAGACCCCCUCGACGAAGCUUACACCACUAAGCUUCGCGACCUUUCCGAUAGCUUGGGCAAGCUCCAGGAUAUGGUGGAGCAGACAGUCGAUCUGGAUGCUCUUGAUCGCCACGAAUACAUCAUCAAAGCCGACUUCGACAAGAGCUUGCGUAUCAUCCGCAAGAAGCUUGAUCAGCUUGACAAGGAUAUCCGAGCCGAGUUCACAGCUUCAGCCAAGGACUUGGGUCAAGAAGCCGACAAGAAGAUUUUCCUUGAGACCAGCCACAAGGUCCAUGGAGUGUGCAUGCGUCUCACGCGACAAGAGGCUGGCUGCAUCCGAAACAACUCCAAGUACCAGGAGUGUUCGACCCAGAAGAACGGUGUCUACUUCACAACCAAGAAGUUGCAAGCCUAUCGACGCGAGUACGACCAGCUGUCUCAAAAUUACAACAGGACGCAAAGUAGUCUUGUCCAUGAAGUUGUCCAGGUCGCUUCGUCUUACUGCCCUGUUUUAGAACGUCUUGCCGGUAUCCUUGCUCAUCUCGACGUGAUUGUCUCCCUUGCUCACGCCUCGGUUCAUGCCCCUGAGUCAUAUGUCCGACCCAAGAUUCACGCCCGUGGCGAGGGCCAGACGAUUCUUCGCGAAGCUCGCCACCCUUGCAUGGAGCUUCAGGAUGAUGUUCAGUUCAUCACCAACGAUGUUGAGCUCACACGCGACAAGUCGUCGUUCCUUAUUAUCACUGGUCCCAACAUGGGCGGUAAGUCGACAUACAUUCGACAAACGGGUGUCAUCGCUCUUAUGGCCCAGGUUGGAUGCUUUGUGCCAUGUGCGGAGGCCGAGUUGACUAUCUACGACUCGAUUCUGGCACGUGUGGGUGCUAGCGACUCGCAGCUCAAGGGUGUCUCUACCUUCAUGGCCGAAAUGCUUGAGACAGCCAAUAUCCUCAAGUCAGCUACGUCAGAGUCCUUGAUCGUUAUUGAUGAGUUAGGACGUGGUACCUCGACUUACGACGGAUUCGGUUUGGCAUGGGCCAUCUCGGAGCACAUUGUUAAGGAAAUUGGCUGUUCCGCCAUGUUUGCCACUCACUUCCACGAACUCACAGCUCUUGCCGACCAGUACCCCCAAGUGCAAAACCUUCAUGUAACGGCGCACAUCGGCGGCACUGAUGCAGCAGCUUCGGAAGCGGAUGCCAAACGCGAAGUGACGUUGCUGUACAAGGUCGCACCGGGUGUGUGCGACCAGAGUUUCGGCAUCCACGUUGCAGAGUUGGUCCGCUUCCCGGACAAGGUUGUCCGCAUGGCCAAGCGCAAGGCAGACGAGCUUGAGGACUUUACCACCAAGCACGAGGAUCUUGGCCUGCAGUACAGCAAGCAGGAUAUGGAGGAUGGCAGUGCCAUGCUGAAGCGAGUCUUGGUGGAGUGGAAGGACAAGGUGAAGGCUGGAGAUAUGAGCCGAGAGGAGCAAGUAGCUGCCUUGAAAGAGCUUGUUGGGGCAAACCCAGAGCUUCAGGCAAACCCUUUCUUUCAAUCUGUGAAGGCUCUAUAG